AUGGCCAGCCAGAACAAAUAUAUCGACAAGCUUGCCGGAAAGACUAUCCUCAUCAUCGGCGGAACGUCAGGUCUAGGAUUUGGCGUUGCCGAAGCCAUGGUUGAGCAUCGGGUAUCUAAUCUUUUCCUGUCCUCUUCAAGUCAAGAAAAGGUGUCUUCUGCUGUCGCUCGCCUCCGAUCAGCCUACCCAAACAGUCAGACUGCUAUCGUUGGACUGGCUUGCGACUUGUCCGAUGAAGCCGCGCUAGAGUCGAACAUCAAGCAACUGUUUGAGAAGAUCAACAAGCCGAUCGACCAUAUUGUCUACACAGCUGGAGAUCGGCUAGCAGCUUCACCCAUCGCCGAGGUGACGGUGGAAAGCUUCCGACGAGCUGGGACCAUCCGCUUCGUUGCUCCAUAUUUUGUGGCUAAACAUGGCUCCAAGUACAUCACCCCUGGUCCAGAAAGUUCCAUAACGAUCACUUCAGGUGCCAUUUCUGAGAAACCGAGACCUUCUUGGAGUGUCAUUGCCUCUUAUGCUGCUGGCCUGCAUGGUAUGGUCCGCGGCCUCGCUCUCGAUCUGAAGCCGGUGCGUGUCAAUUUGAUCAGCCCAGGAAGCGUAGCCACCGAGCUCUGGGAUACGAGCUUGACUCCAGAACAAAAAGCUGCCAUGCAGGAAGAGACAGGAAAGAUCCUCUUGACCGGGCGGAUUGGCCAAGUUGAACAUGUGGUCGAGAGUUACCUAUGGGUUUUGAAGGAUCAGAAUGUCACGGGAACAGUGAGACGACAGCGAGAGCCUCUUCCUUAUGAGAUACUGUAUGGCAUUGCGGAAGCAGCGGGCAAGUCGAAUCAAAGCAGCAAUCCAGAGUAUCGCGAGUUCCUCCGGUCCCUUCGCUUUACCAGUCAAGCAUUCCGAGCGUCGAAGAGUAUCCGGCGUGCACUCUUUGGAAAACUCUGUCUAUAUGCGACACAGCAUAGUCUCCGUCGGCUCGAAAACAACUGGGAAGCCCUUCUCCGUGUCGCAUCGUCAGUCCAAGAAGUGAAAUUCGGCAUAUCAAAGUAUGUCUACUCUAUCGCACCCGCAACCUUUACAAUCAUCUUAGGGGAGCAACAAGGUUACCACCGCGUAAGAAUGUGGGGCGAUGGUCGAAUUGAUUGUCAGAAGACGGCUCUCGGUGAGCGUGUUGAUAUCAACUCAAUUAGUAGUGUAUGCUAUACGGAAUAUCAACGCCGAGCGAGUAUCGACUUCUUUGAGGCGAGGCAGAAAAUGCAAGCCUUGUGGACUGAGCUGCUCCCAUAUCUGACACGAUUAACCAAAGUCAACAUCGAAUUUUGGGGUUGUGGCCGAUCUUACCAGUACGCCCUGCCAAAUGGAGUAACACUGACCUCAGACUUCAAUGAGCCUGACUCGGUGUCACAAUUUAUAUUCUGGAGAUAUGCCGUUCCAUCCUGCACGAUGCUCAUAAUCGCUGUUGUGAACAGCUUGGGCGCUUCGAAGAAGAGAGGCAUCACAGAACUGAGUCUCCAACUAGAGACUAUGAUCUACAUACGGGAUGAGACUCGUAUUCCCAACUGGGAACAAGUUGAUCUGUCUAGUUUGACCAAGUUCCGGUUGUACCGAGCGGAAUGGCGAGACUUUGAACAGGUCAUCAGUAUCGCGGAUCAUGAGCAACAUCAUCGAUGGGACGCAUACAGCGCUCGAGGACGGGUCAAUUGCGCCGGGGAUAUCUUGCCGGUGAUAUUGGGAAAGGCUCAAAGUAGCCUUCGCGAGGUUACACUCGAAGGACAUCGUGUUGCCGUGGAAGGAUUUUCGCCUUUGUCCUUGCACAUGUUGGACCAGCUCCGCUUCCCUCGUCUGGUCUCGUUGACGUUGGCGGGUGUUGCUAUCCCACAUGUCGAAUUUAGGAGGCUUUUAAGCGACAUGCCCCGUCUGCGUCAGUUGUACAUUGAAGAUUGUACGACGCAUGAAUCGCUUCGGAGAGAAUCACAGAACUGGAAAGGUAUAUUCGACUCGAUCCGAAAUCAUGGCAGUGGUUUGAGAUUGGAGUUAUUGGGCGAAUACUUUUGUGAUGAUGAUGAAGAAGGCGACAUCAUGCUUUCGGUGGAUACUGGCAACCCACAUAUGCUCUCUGGGGAGUACAGUGCACCUGAGAGAAGCCUAAUUCUUUAUCUCUUGAGGCAGGGGGAGUGGGACGACGCUCUUGAACAUGCGUAUCCUCAGCGGUGA